AUGCCUCUCUGUUCGAUAGGUAUCCCAAUUGAUGUGAACGUUUAUGACAUUCAACGUAUUUCGAUUAUCGCCGAACACAGUCAACCUGUCACUGUAAGGACAACCGUGGGUUAUAAAGUUAAUACAAAUCAAGCUGGCCAAGGUCAAUUAAAGGUUGAACUAAUUCAACCGGCAAACUCAAAACUUCCUUGUCGAUGUCAUGUACAAGAAUUAAAAUCGCAUGAAUAUCUUAUUCAAUAUGUUCCAACCGAACCUGGUCGUUAUCAACUUCGUGUAUUAUUCAAUAAUCAACUUGUACAUGGAAAAACUCUUGAUACUGACGUUUAUCCAGCAAAACCACAAAUAUCAAAAACAAAUGGAUCGUCUUCUAUUGCUCAUAUUCAACAAAUCGCUCCUAAUAAUAUUGCAGAAAUUGGUGAUGAUAUUUGUUUACAAAUCAACACAGAGAAUCCUUCAAUUUCAUCGAUUCAAGGUCAAAUCUUAUACAAUGGCAUGUCUGUUCCACAUAAGAUUGAAAGAACCAAAGAUUUACAUAUUUGGCAUUUGAAAUUUCGACCUUAUGUACCUGGUACUUACAAAAUACAUUUAGUUCAUAAUGGACUAUCUUUAAUAAGUUCUCCUUAUUUAAUUCAAGUGAAAGAUACUAGCGGAAAAGUAAUUCUUUCCGGUCUUGAACAAACGCUGUUAACCAAUUCUCCAUGCGUGAUACAAGUUCAUGCUGAAUCAGCAUCAAAUGCACAUAUAAGAGUCGUUGUUUUUCUCGGCAAUCGUCAGAUACCGUCGACAACAGCUAUUAUUAAUGAUAAUCUUGUUCGAAUACAUUUCAUUCCACAAGAACCAGGUAUCUAUACGGUUCAUGUUUCAUGCGCCAAUCGACCAAUUGAAGGAUCCCCAUUUUCAAUUCGUGUCGAGCGACCUCGAGUCGUUCAAAUAUCUGGUGAAUGCUUUCAUCGUUUACGUUUGAAUGAUCUUGGAUUAUUUCGUAUUCAUUGUCAUGGACAACGAGGACCUAUUCAAGCAAAGAUUUUCAAUCUUUCUGCUGGUGAUCGUUAUGAUAUUGGACAAACAAUAUUGUUUCAAUUACAUGAUACCUAUGAACAAUUAAUUCAAUAUCCAGCACAGGUCUUAUUGACAUCAUUUAAUAUUUUACUUGCAACACGAUUAAAGCUGACACAAGAACGAAUUCGUAAUGUUGCACUUGGCAAAGAAAAUGGACGUGCAAUAGUCUCAUUUCAAUUAUAUGAAACGCCAACACAAACAACCACCAAUGAACAAGUUAUUCAACAAUUGAGAUAUUUAAUUAAUAAUCAAAUCUUGAAUUUACUUGAUCCAAAUCGUUGUGUAUUAAAUGCAAUCAUUGGAUCUGUUGUUGUCGGUCCAAAAGGUGAACCAGUGAAUGUAAAAUUAUUUCCACAAGCAAGUGGAGAUUAUUCAGGCGAAUUUACACCAAGCAAAAUCGGUCAACAUCGUAUUGAUAUUACAUUUGCUAAUGUACCUGUACAAGGUAGUCCAUUUUUUACGGAAGUUUAUGACCCAUCACAAGUACGCAUUGGGCCAUUACCACGAGAUAUUAUUGUUGAUACAGAAAAUACAUUUGAAAUUAAUUUGGAAAAUGCUGGCAAUGUUCCUUUGGAGAUCAAAAUUUCAUCACCAACAGGAGUCAAUGGUACGCCCAUUAAAAUGAUGGUUAAUGAUGCUCGUCUUGUGACAGCCUACGGCGAUGGAAUUCAUCAUGCUCUACAUGAAAAACUAGCAACAUUUAAUAUUGAUACACAAGAUAUGCAAGGCGAUUUGAAAGUUCGUAUAGAAGGAUCCAAUUCUGUUAUUAAGAACACACUUGAACGAACUAAUGAUAAUCGUUUUAAAGUAACCUAUGUACCUGUUGAAGUUGGCUUUGUCACUAUAAGUAUAAAAUGGAAUGGAAAAGAUAUUUCAAAUAGUCCAUUUAAAGCUGCUGUCACUAAUCCAGAACGUGUUCGUAUUGUCGGAGGUUGGCAAUCCAUACUCGAUUCGGAAGAUCGCAUGCAUAUUAUGGUCAACGAAGAAAAGAAAAUUCGUUUCGAUACAUCGCAUGCUGGACCAGGUACAUUAAAAGCUGAUGUUCGAGGUAGCCAUGAUGGUCUUCGUGUACCAAUACGUAUUGAUCAACAAGGUACUAUCUAUAUAGUUAGUUUCACUGCAGUACGAGAAGGAAAAUAUGACGUGACAAUAAAUUAUGAUCAAAAUCCAUUGCCCAAUAUGCCUAUAAAAGCAAUUGCAAGUUCGUCAAGUACAAAUUUAGGUGAACAUUUAAAAGUUGAAGUACGUGGACAUGGUUCAUAUGAAGCAAAAGUUAAUGAAGAAGCUGAAUUUACUAUUGAUGCAUCGAAAACAUUAUCACAAGGUACGAGCAUGCCUAUUGUACGAUUAACUGGUGUUCAAGCCGAUGUUGAAGUUCGAAUUCGACAAGUUGAAAAUAAUAUUUUUCUUUGUUCAUACAUACCAACGGCACCAGGUGCCUACUUAUUAAGUAUAACAUGGGCUGAACGACAAGUUCGUGGUUCGCCAUUUAAAGUCAAUGUUUUACCACAUGGAAACAUGCAUAAUUCGGCAUCUCGAGUCAUCUGUUCAGGUGAUGGUUUAAGAAUGGGUAUUUUAGGUAAAGAAAUUAAAUGCGUCAUUGAUACACGUGGUGCUGGUCCCGGAGAAUUAACUGCUUAUUGUCAAGGAAUAAAUAAAACAGCAUUUUGUCGUUUAUUUGAUCAUCGUGAUGGUACGUUUACAUUAUUUAUUAAACCACAAGAAAGUGGAAGACAUGUAUUGACGAUUAAAUAUAAUGAUGACGAUGUACCAGGUAGUCCGUAUACACUUAAAGUCAGUGGUCCACCUGAUGCAAAUAAAGUUCGCGUGUCUGGCCCAGGUAUUGAACAUGGUGUUCUAUCGACAUUUCAAUCGCAUUUUAUUUGUGAAACAAAAGGCGCAGGUGCUGGACAAUUAACUGUGAAAAUCCGUGGUCCAAAAGGCGCUUUCCGUGUUGAAAUGCAACGUGAACAUUUACAAGAUCGUACAAUAAUAUGUCGAUAUAAUCCAACUGAACCCGGCGAUUAUCUUAUAUCUGUAAAAUGGAGUGAUGAACAUGUGUAUGGCUCACCAUUUCAUACGCACAUAUUCGAACGACAAGAAGAACUAGAACGAUUUUUACAUGAACAAAAUGCAUAUCGUCUAGCGCAAAAACAAUGGAGAGAGGAAAUUUGA